AUGCAGGUUUUCUUCUCUCUCUGUUUGUAAAUUGUCGACUUUUUCAGAUUUUGACGGUGGUAUUUUUGAUUAUCGUGUUUGGAUGCGGUACAAUCGCCGAUAAAGAGUUAGUUUUAUUAGUUUUUUAUUUUCUCUUUGUGCUACAUUAAAGCAAAAAAAAAGCUGAAGUGUUUCUACCUUCUACUCUCUCAGUAGUCGAGAAUUUCUCAAUGAGUUCAAAUUGACUUUGAAUCAACUAUGUUUUCCAUAGAGCCCGUAGCUUUGCCGAACAUGCUCUUUAUUACUCAGUGAGGGGCCAGAGGAUCGCCGUUCCAUUAAACGAAAAACGAAACGCCGAAGUUGUCCAAGGUUUUUCUAGUCAUCAAAACGCAUCAACGCGGACUUUUUCAGUUAUGAAAAAGCUCUCGGAAGGAACAACCGAAAAUCCCGAGACUUCUACGACAACAACAACGACUACUACAACAACUACGACAACGACGACAACGACGACAACUUCCAAGAAAAUUAGUGCUGUGAGCAUGACGGAGAAACCUAGUACGACAAAUACGAAUAUUACAAAAGCCAUUAUUGUUUCAGAAGGCGUGUUGGAAGCUUUAAUCGACGAUAUGGAGAAAAUGAAAAAGGUUGGAUCUGGUGGACAGAAUGCAGGAAGAAGAAAACGAUCCACUCUUAAUGAAUUUUUCUACAUCGGUGCUAGAAGAGAUUACAACGUGGGUUUUUUCUUCCAAGCAGAGUCAUAGAAUCUUGAGAAUGUUGGAGUUGUUCCUACAGGGGUAAGGAAAGACAGCCCCUAAGGUGGGAAAAAUAGCGCUCAUUAGUUGGUAUAUACAUAUAAGCGUUUAGAGUCUGAAUUCUAAAAGCCUCAAACUCAAUUCGUAGGGACCACUCUGGCGUUCCUUAUAUUCAAAGGACUUCACGUUAUUUUUUUGUCAAAAAAAAGAACAGUAUGCCGAAUUUCGCUCUAAGACCCAUUUUUCAAACCUUCAUAAGCCAAAACUUUUCCUACAGACCUCCAUGGCAAUUUUUGGGUUCUAUUCAAGAUCAGAGCAAAAAAACGAAUCCAUUCUAGCUAUUUCAAAUAAAGUACAUUCAGAACGAAGGAAUAUGGUACGAUUACAUCACCGGCACCGUUUUGACUUAUUUCAAUUGGGAAAACGGGACUCCAAAAGCCAAUGAGGGGCUUUGUGUUGUGGUUGGUGACUUUUUGGAGGUUUUUGAUCCCCGUGCGCAAGUCGUUUCAAGUCGGAUGCGUCUUUAAUACAACCGCUUUGAGACUGAGCCAUUCCAUGUGCGACCAUAUGAUUUUCAAGCCAAAUUUUGAGGACAAGAAAAGAAAAACAUUUUAAGAUCCAGUAGAAUCUCGAUGAACAAGUCUUUUUUCACCCUAUUUUUGAAAACUUGAAGUAACUUUUUCUUUAUUCAGAUGAACCGGCAGGCAAAAUGGCUUCCCAGGAACUGCACUGAACUCCAUCCAGUCGCUCUUGUCGGUUCGAUUUUCAUUUUACUUAUAACUUAAAAGCUUUUUUUCGAAUCAACACCACCGGAUUUCCUCGAAAAAGCCUUCAUCCAAUAGCACCGAUCAAGGUUUUUUUAUAUUUGAAAAGUUUUGACUAUGAAAAAAAGUUUUUCCAGUGUUUUGCUGACACCCUCGAGGACUGCGGUAAUGUUCUCUUCGAUUAUUAUUGCUUGCAAUUGGAAUGGCUUGAGGCGUGUCGGUCGCGGAAUAUGAAAUGCCUUUGCGCGAAAGUCGUUUUGAGUCGGUCACGUACGCAUUGAGCCAUUCCAAAUGCGACCACUGAUUUUCUCAUAUAUGAAAAAUGAUCAACUUUCAGAUUGCUUCGCGGCAUUUGUCUUGUGGACCAUUAUCGUUGCGUCGGGUCUAUUAAUCCACGGAUACCUUCUCUUGUUUUACUUCACAAGUCGCCAGGGUGCCACUCUUUCUUUCACAAAAUGCACAGUUCGUUUCUCUGUCUCCCAUAUUUAUUCUCAAAAAGAGAAAUAUUCAGUCGCAUGACGUAUUCAUCGAACAAAUCGCAAAGCCUCAAAAUUACAUCGAGGAAACUGUCGCCGAUGAUCAGGACACUGUUAACCUCUCGACGAUGGACAAUAUCACACAAAAAGGAGCAUAA